UUUGGAAUCAUUGGCUACGUUGAAAAUGGUUACCUCAAAAGAGAAAAUGGUGUUUCUAGGGGCAUUAGCGAAUAUUAUAAGUUCAAUCAUGAUAGUUCUGCUGAAUAAAUGGAUUUAUACAAAGUAUAAUUUUCCAAACAUGACCCUUACAUGUAUACAUUUUGUGGUGACAUCACUUGGUCUCCUAAUAUGUCGACAUGCAAAUAUAUUUCAACCGAAAAGUCUUCCAUUCCUCUCAAUGCUCCCUCUUGCCCUUUCAUUUUGUGGAUUUGUAGUAUUUACAAAUUUGUCGUUAGAGUCUAAUACCGUCGGUACUUACCAGAUAAUCAAGACAAUGACUACACCGUGCAUUAUUGUCAUUCAAACAUACUUUUACGGUAGACAUUUCUCAAGAAAUGUAAAGUUAACAUUGGUAAGUUUAGGAUUUUGAUCAUAGUUCAUAAUGAGGACAACAUUUUUAAUUCAUUAAACAUUAUAUUGGCUAAUAUAAUAAAAAAUAGCAAAAUUAUAUACAUGAUAUAUGACAAGUAAUACUAAUAGUAAUAACCGUAAUAGGUCUAGGACACUUUUCGGACCUUUAGACUAAUAUUAAUAUUAUGGCUAUUUGGAUGUCAUCUGAGUUAUUUCAAAUUUGCUGCAGUUUAAGUUUAUUUUAGUUCAACUGAAUAAGUAAGUUUACAAACAUAUAUAGUCCAUUCCAUUAAAAUCCUUAAAAUUUUCAGCUAUCAGUUCCAAUGACCUAUUUUAUAUCUUGUACCUUUGCAGCCUGCUAAAGUUUUUAAGUUCUUGGUAUCUGUUCUGAUCACUAAUGUAAUAAGAAAUUAUGAUAGAGUUAUAUUUAGUUUUAUUAAACUUGAUCUCUUAAAUAUUUAUGUUAAUGGUAUUGAAGUAGGAAGCUAGGAUCUACAAAUUUAUAGGACUAAUUAAGAAAUGAGGUAAUGAUUUUAUUUCUUUAAUUCUUUUUUAAAGAUACCUAUAACGAUAGGAGUCUUUCUAAAUUCUGUUUAUGAUGUCAAGUUUAAUCUCAUUGGGAUUAUAUUUGCUACAGUUGGAGUUUUGAUUACAUCAUUGUAUCAAGUGGUAUGUAUUUUAUCUUAUGACAAAUUAUAAUGUACCCGGUAUUAAUUUUUUUUGUUUACCAAUUUCACUUUUUAAGGAACAAAUAUGCCAACCUCCUGCUAUAAAAGCAGAUUGUUGUUGACAUUAUAUGUCAUAAAGAAUAAUUCAAAUAUAAAGCGAAGGAUAGUAUUUACUUCAAUUAUAUUGUUAUCAAUUAAUUUAAAAAAAAAAAAAAUUCUGAAGAUCUAUCAUUAAAGAGCAGCUUCAUAAAAAAAAAAAAAAAAAAAAAAAAAAAAAAAAAAAAAAAUAAAAAAUAUUAAAAAAAAAAAAAAAAAAAAAAAAAAAAAAAAAAAAAAAAAAAAAAAAAAAAAAAACAGAUCCCGGCAGUUAAGUGUGUGAUAUCUUUUUAAAAAUUUUUUAUUAUAAAGGUAUGAAGACAUGAUAAAGUAAAAGAAGUCUCUUAUUUUAUUAUCAUUCUCAUUAGAUCUGAUUAUUGAGACAAUAUUAAGAUUAUUGAAAAUCGUUAUACCCAUAUUUUUUUUUUAACUGGUAAGUGUAGGAAUAUACGCAAGAUUUAUAUACAAAUUGUAGUUUAUGUUCAUAAAACAACGAUACCCCCAAAAAUAUUGAAGGGACUACAUAAUUUUUUCGAGAACAAUAUGCAUAUGUCUGGAUAUAAAUGUUUUUCAUAUUUAUAACUGAGUAGGUUUAAAACCAUUUCAGAUAUUACUGGGACACAUAUCUCAUUAAGAAAUCUUGUAGACUUGCAAACACUGUCAACAAAUAAAUUUAAUGAUUUUUAACUUUUAUAACAACAAAUUUACUUUAAACUAUCUGAUUUUCAGUGGGUAGGUGAGAAGCAGCAUGAACUUCAAGUGAAUUCCAUGCAGUUACUUUAUUAUCAAGCUCCAUUGUCAGCAUUUCUCUUGCUGUUUGUAAUUCCAUUUUUUGAACCACUUGAUGCAUUCCAUGGGGUUUUCUUUAACUGGCCAUUUGAAGCAUUGGUAAGUGCAAGCUUAUGUUUGCAGCAUGAUAAAUAUUUUUGCAAAAUUCAGUUUUAAGUAAAAUUUAAAAUGCUUGACUCUCUUACGAAAUCAAAUUAUGAUUUAUGAUAUUUUAGUGUCUUUAAAAAAUAAUAUUGAAAUCAAAUUAACAUACAAACACUAAAUAAGUUUGUAUAUUGUUUAGUAAAAUAUCUUGAAAAAUAGGCAAUUAGUUUUUAAAAAAUCAGAACUAGGUAGCCAUACAACCUGUAGACUUGCAGAACAAUUGGUCAAGUAUUUUGGUCAAAUAAAUUAAAUAAUUAACUGACUUGGGUGUAAAUACUUUUUUUUCUUAUAGACCCACUUUUGUGACUAAUGAUAAUUAAAAUUUUCAUAAAUGUAUACAAAUAAAUGUCAAAUUAUACAUGGAAAUUAAAAAUAGAAAUACAGAAAAUAAAAAAAAAUGUUUCAGUUAAUGUCAACCAAAAAGUAAGAUAAUAUUUAACAUUACAUUAGCUGAACAAGCUACAAAUAUUUUGCAUGAAUCUUAGAACUCAAGGCACAUCUCUGCCUCUAAAUUUACAUUUAUAUUGAUUUUUUAAAAUUCAUGAUAGAAUCUAUUGAUCCAAACAUUGAACAUAUUUAUUUCACUCAGAAUAGUUAUUGUUGCUGAAGUAUACCGCAUAACUUUAAAAAAUUUCAGUAUGUGAUGAGCCUGCAUAUAACCUUUAAAUCCACAUUUUUCCAGAAAUUAGAAGAGUGACACUUUAAAAAACAAAACACAGCCACUUAAAAAAAAAUAAUAUUGUGGAUGUUUGUGAUAUAUAUUUUGGUUUGGAUUGGGUAAUUCAACUGAUUUUAGAUCUGAUUUUUGGAGUGCUGCAGAGCAUUAUUGUUCAACAGCUUAGUCUGAAGGUGGAUCCUUGUGAGCAAUUUGAGGUCACAGUACAUAUAAGGAAUGACUUAUUAAUUAAUAUCAAUCCAUAACUUAUGUCGCAAUCCAACAUUUCCCUAUUUGCCCACCUCAUAGCAAUUUUGACAGUUUUCAAAAUUAACUCUCAGAAUAAACAUGAAAAGUUUUUUUAUUCAUUUAAAAUCUAAAUUAAAUGAAGUUGCAAACUCUCAAAAUAUGAUAAAAUUUUUGAAAAUUAUAAUCUGUAAAAUUGCUGAAAUAUAAUUUAAUGAAGAAAAUGAGUCAAAGUGACCAGAAUAACAAACAGAGGUUCAUAACAUAUCAUUCAAUGAAGCAUUAGCAAGAGAUUUAUAUUGGUAGUAAAACUUCAAUGCAAAAUUAAAAUAGGCAGGAAAAGUUAAGUAUAAACAAGUAGAAGUAAAAUAAUUUUAACAAUAAUUCAACUAUUUUAAGUUAAGCUGUUAUCACAGAGACCAAGUUGGCCAUGGGUUUUCCCACCAGGAUCUCAACUUUAUAUUUACAUUUUUUCUUAAAUAAACAUAUGAUUGCACAUAGUUUCUUUUCUUAUUUUAGGUCUCAGUAUUUAUGUCAGCCUGCAUUGCCUUCAUUGUAAAUUUAUCAAUAUUCUGGAUUAUUGGAAACACGUCACCUGUAACGUAUCCUUUAUUUAUUUCAAUUACAUCAAAAGCUCCAUUCAUUUCAGAUAAAGGACAAAAUUUCAUUGAAACUUUCUUAAGAUGCUUAGAUCAGUGGAGUUUUGUUCAGAUCAACUAAAAGUAUAAAAAGCACCAGUAAAAAAUAUCAUCAUUCAUGGAUAAAUGGAAUUGAAGAAGCACACCUGUGUUUCAAAUAAUUUUAAUAAUGGCAUCAACUGUACAUGUAACACGGAAGAUAAAACUACGUUCAAGCUGCGUGUAGAGAAUAUUAGGAACAAAAUAUGUGGAAGCUUUAAAAACAAGACACUAACAGAUGUUUCGGCUGAAAUCCUUCCUCCACUAACAAAACAAGAUCAAAUGAAAAUUAGAAAAACACUAAAGUUAAAUUUUUAUCUGCAUAAGCCCUGGGUAUGGUACAAAAUCCAUGCUAUCUUGUCAGCGUGCUUUUAUUUCAAUAAUUUCAUGGUUUUCCUUAAUCCUGCAAAGUUAUAAUAUGAUUGGUCAUCUUAAAUUCUGCAUGACAUUAUUUGGAGGAUAUGUUUUGUUCCAUGAUCCUAUACAAGUUUUACAGCUACUUGGCAUUUUUACAACAGUCGGAGGUAUGUUACAUUAUAAAUUAUCCAUUUCAUCUCUAUUAAAACACUCCUGCCUAACCUAUGUUUGAUGUAAACUCUCUCAUAAACAAAGAGGCAUUACUCUAUCUCCAUAGAUCAGGGGUCGACAAACUAAGAGUAAAAUAAAAAAUAUUGGAGAUGAUGUGGGUUGAAAAGACAUAAAUAGAAAUAUGUAAAAGCGUUCCUUGUUAUGAUAAAACUAUUGUCAGAGCAACACUGCAUCUGGCCAGUGUAAUAGAGAAAUGCCUCCAACAUGUUGUGGUCAGUAGUGGCUUGGCAGUUAGCAUGUCGGCAUAUCUUGUCUUAUACCAGUAACUCAUUUUUGCAGAGUCACCUACUGUUUUAUCUUAGUCUUUUUUGGGGCCAUCCAUAAAUUAUGUGAUGCUAUUUUUUGCCCCACACAAAAAUUACACAACCUCAUCACCAGAAUUUUUGACCCACCCUAAUUUCUCGAUGUCAUUUGGGGAUGGCACUCUUCUGUUUGAAAUUGAAGGUGGAAUAGUUUUCAUAAAAAAUAUAUAUUGGGGUAACAGCUAGAAAAGUACCGACCCCUUCUAUACAUGCUUUAAAAAAUGAGAUAUCCAAAUUGUUUAAAAUACUUGUAUUUAAAAAAAAAUUGAAUGAAAUUAAAUAAUCUUAGAUACAAAAUAAGUUUAAAUAUGGAAUAAUUUUCAAUUAUAUUAUCUGAAGUAGAAAUUUGGUACAAUUUCACUAGGUAUUUCAUUGCCAUAUCAUAGUGGCUGUUUUCUGCUUUCGCCAUCAAUUACCAGAUUACUUAUUGUAAUUUUCAACCAUAUGAUCAUCAAUAUCAGUUUCAAUAAUUCUAUGUAGGUCUAUUUGGUAGUUUCACACCUAAGCUUCUCAAGAGCUUGGAAAGAAAAGCUGAACUUCUACUCUCAUAACUUACCAUAGUAAUGAAAGAAGACAAUCAUUAGGAAUUCUUCAUUUAGAGAGUGAUAUUCUCUUAAAAAUGGGAGUACAUUUUUGCAGUUUAUUAUAUGAGAGCAGUGUUACCAAUUCUAUAUAAAAUUUACUUACAAAUAUUUUAAAUAUGAAAGUUUUUAUGUACAAUCAUAAUUUGUUCAGAAUUUGCAUAUAAAAAUUGUUUAAACUAUGAAGCUAAAAAAAUGAAAAUGUGUGACUAUUUCACUACCAAUAAUGAUUCUAUUCUUUGCCACAUGAUAAUUUACUGCAAGGCGUUCUCUUUAGCUUAAUGAUUCCACAAGUGUAAAGCGAGCAAGAAAACAAAGCACAAACACUGAGAUUUCCGAUUUUGUUUCACUUAGAAACCUUUUUUGUAAAAUUUCUCAUUUUUUAUGUAAUCCUCCUGGUUCUAUUUACUUAAAUUUACAAUGCUGCACUCAGAGAAUCAUUGAUAUGAAACAUGUCGAAGAUUGAAAGAAAGAAAAAAGUUGACCAUUUACGAGAUAUUAUAGAGUGGCUAAAAAAUCAGAAACUGUAUGGAAAUACACAUUAUCCAACUCCAAAACACAUGUAUGUCCAACCUGCAAAACUGCCAUUGGAAUGUAAAUUGGGAAAAAUAGUUAAGUUUGGAAAAUCUCUGCAUUUGAAGAACUGAACUAUGUUAAUAUAAUAAAGAGCAAAGCGUCACUAGAUUUAAACUUCUAAAUAAAUCUGAUUAUACAAAUAAUUUUAAUAAAUCAAUCAGACCGGAGAUUAAGAUAAAAAAAAUUUAAAAGACCAAACUCGCAAUAGUCACAUUAUUUCUUCUUGUUAAACUAAACAUAGCAACCAAAUAAUUAGAGUUAUCUCCCUCUUGAAGUUUUUACUAACUUUUAGAUGGUUUAAGAUUAUUAUUAUUUUGCUAAUAGAUCAGCCAUAGAGUAGUGUUUCCAAACUCUUAAGUUUGGCAGACGAGUGCCAUAUUUAUUAAUUAUAUUUUCUUUCUUUUUAACCAUAAAUUCAUGUUGUGUGGACUGGCAGUGUAAGGCCAGUCUAUGGACCACCAUUUGGGAAAAGCUGCCAUUGAGGACAUCCUGUAAUUAAAAUUUUUAAACAUACUGGAAUACACGCAUUGGGCUAAAGGAACAUAUAACAAAAAAUGCUAGGUUGCGGAUAUCAACAAGAUCCAAUACACCCCUCCCCCUUGUCCUGCCCUACGCAAAAAUCAACAACCCCUUUCCCUUAGUACAUAUGUUAUAUAUGGAUGGCCCUAACUUUUAUUCGUCAUUGGUACUCGCCUGCUCCCACAUUCCUACAUCUUUGUCCCUGAGACUGUAUAUCCUCCUAUAAUUUUCAAUUGUCACUCUGUGGGGCAUGCGCCACAAGUUAAGAAACACUGGUUUAAGGUGAAUUGACUUCAUUUAAUUGUAUUGUAAUAAUGGUUUUAUAAAUACAUUAUUACUUAUUUUUUCUUGGAGUGGGGAGGAUAAUUCUCAUGUGUACAUUAGCAUAGGUUUAAGGGUGCAACAGGGUUUUAUUUUUUCGUGGAGUGGGGAGGAUAAUUCUCAUAUGUACAUUAGCAUAGGUUUAAGGGUGCAACAGGGUUUAGGGGUACCUAUGAAUAUUAUGCCAUCAUACAGGCCUACUGAUAACAAAUUAAAUGAAUUAUAUUAAUUGUUUUCAGGUGUAGUAGCAUACACUCACAUCAAACGAGAGGAGAUGAAGAUAACAUCUAACUUGCCAACUGUUGGUGACAAUCAUGCUAAAAGCUAACUAUGGUAUGGUAACAAUACAUAAUAAGGAAAAGAUAUAACCUUGAUAUUUUUUUUUAAAGCAUAGAUAUUAAAACAAGAUUGAUAAAUAACUAUGUACCAUACUCUGUAUAAUUGAAUUAUUCAUAUUACUACCUGUUUAAUUAAACCUAGAAUUCAAACAUCCUUGCAGUGAAGUCUUUUUUUUUUAAAAACAUGGUAGAAUGAUUGAAAAAGAAAAUUUGUAAAUGUCAGCCUCAGGUUAAAGGAGGAUUUAUUCAAAUAAUUUUGAAAUAAAUUUGAUUAAGUAGAAUGUGUGGCAUCAGAGAAGAACCAACUUUAUCUUGAUAAUAUGUUAAUUAUGCAAUCAUCAAAAUUAUUCAUGCUAAUGUCAUUUCUAACUAAGAUUUGGAGACAUAUGAUCACAGUCAGCUGCAAUCAACAUUUCAACAACAAAAAAAGGGAGUGGAGAGGGGGGGGGGAAUACUUAUAACUUUUCUUUAAAUUAUGUUUUGUCAGUUAUAUUUUGAACAACCCAGGAAUUAUAGUUUUUAAUAUUCAUUCCUCAUUUUAUAUAUUUAUUUAAUUUUUAAAAAAUACCUGGGUCACUUGUUACAUUAAUUUUGUGAUUUAUAAUUUAUGCAAAAUUUGUUAAAAUAAACAUGAAUUAAAUUAUGUUAUAAAUUCUAUAGCUACAAUAAAUUAUUUUAAUGAAGAACCUUUUUAAGAUGCUAAGAAGAAAUUUCAUUUAAGUUGUGUGUAUAUAUGUCUAUGAAUAUAUAUAAAGAACUAAAGAAAUUUAUAUGUGUUGCCUGUAUUGUAGAUUUUAAAAUGAUUUAGAAUUGAGAGUUAUUGCAUAUAUUAAUAAAACUACUUGGCAUACAUUUAUAAAUUAUCGUAACAUUUUAAAUGAAUAUUUAUUAUCUAGAAUCUUCAACAAUAUAUACAUACUUAUUCUUCGCUAACAGUUUCAUUUCUUUUGUUUUAGUUCAGAGAACUUCUCUUCAGCUGACUGACAAGUAUGAUCUAUCUUCUUUCCCAAAUUUGGUUCACAAUAAACACUAAUUUUAAUUUAAAAGGUGAAUCCUAAGAGUGAUUUUCAAGUACCUGUAAAAUUCCUUAAUUUGUAAUGUUAUCUCAUAUUGUGUUUGAUACUAUUAUUUAUAAUAAUAUAUACAUUUUUUUUGGUUUCACUUUAUACUGUACUAUUUACCUGUUUUUAGGGAAUUUGGGGUCGGGGGGCAGGGAGGGGGGGUUGUGCUUGUGUCAAAACAAUCUAAGUAAAAAAAAAAUGUUUGUUGUAGCAUUAAAAUUGCCUUUUCUUUUGAUCACAAAAUCAAAAUCCUUACAGUUACAGCCAAUGCUCUUUGAAAGGUGCAAUAGAGAAACGUUUUUUUCCACAUGUUGUACAAGGCAAAUCCUAUUGUUAACAUACUAGUUUUUAAGUUUAUCAGAACAAUAUUUUAAGGUCCUAAAAUAAGGUUCUCUGACCUGUUUGUAAUCUAUUGUGGUACAUUCAUCCAGUUUGUAUAUAAUCAGGGACAUUUUUCUUUUGCACCUGACCGUUACAUGACACUUCUUUUACUUAAAUUUAAAACUUGCUUUUAUUUAAAUUUAUUUAUAUUUUAAAAUUAAAUCCCUCAAGCCAUUUCUUGUAAUUGUAUGCUAUAAAAAUUAUAUCUAUAAUUUGAACCCUCUUAUCUAUGUUUCAGUAGCUUCAUUUGGCUUCAUUUUUGGCUUGUUACCACAUUCUCAUAAUAGUCUGUGUGGUAGAAAGCCAUUAUGUUUGUAAUUAUGCCCAGGAAUUAUAUGGAAUAAGUGGGAUACUAGAUGUAUGCAUGUAUGUGUGAAGCAGGGCUAGUUCUUGGACAAUCAUGGGGGCAUAGUAAAAAUUAUUGGUGCCAUAUCAAUGAGGAAAAAAACUUUUUCUGUUUAGGGACCAUCCAUAUACCGGUAGUAAAAAUGAACGGUGCCAUAUCGAUGAGGAAAAAAACACUUUCUGCUUAGGGGCAUAAUAUUUACGCCAAAAAAAAAAAAUCAAAUUUACAUGGAUGCUUUUUUGGACAUCCUUGCGUACAUUCAAAUUAGCUUUUAUGGACCCAACAGUUAAAAAACACAGCAAACAAAAUGGGUUUAUGAGACAAUUAUGAGGUCACAGUUAAAAAUAUGUAUAAUGUUUUCUCCCCUGCUUGAUUUAUGUCACCCAAUGGUUUCCAAAAUGUAUUUUUGCCUCAUCCCUGGAGAAUCGCGGCUUCAUCACUGGGGCCCUGCAAAAUAUUACAAUUUUUAUCAUUCUAUUUCCACUUUUCUAAUCCAAUGUGACAAUUAACAUCUCGUAAAGUGAUAUCUAGCUGAUCUAGUGGGCAUGGUGCAUAAGAGUAACUCAUUUCAGUCAUUACUGUUUGCAGUUACUAGAUGGCGCAAGUACAUUGAUGACCUACAAGGUUUUUAUUUAUUUUUACCCAAUUAUUUAAUUUAAAAAAAAUUCUCUGCUUUUUUGUGUACCGGAUACCUAUUUGUUAGAAUUUGACUUUUCAUAGGGUGCCUUGUGAAAACCUGAUUUUGGGCUGGGCGUCUUUAAAAAAAUUAAUUUAGGAGCCACUCUCGUAGCCAAGGAAAAUAUGUCACACGUAAGUGAAAUAUACAAAGGGGCCAUUGAUAAAUGCCCACUCGCUUUUUUGACGGAUUUGUACCCAUCGCCCUUGUCAAAAAUUUCAACACACAGACACUACAUUUAAAUCACACCUCACUACAAAUUGAUGACCCCGAAAUGCUUGAUGUCUUCGAUGGAUGGCCUCAAAGGCAAGCAGUGGACUAAAUAUAACUUACUACUAGCGAGUUUACUUGUGGAAAAACGCAAAGCAAACAGUAUCACCAUGUUACUUUACAAAAUAUUGCAUGAUAUUUUUACAUUAGAGAAAAAAAUAAGCUAUUUAAUGACUGUCAAAAUUUCAGAAUAAUUAUUGGAGAAAUUAUUAAUAAAUGUACAAACCUUAUGCUGAGAUCCUCCUGGCACUUAUACGUAAAAUCGAUAUUCCCCCUAUAUAUGGAAUAUGGAUGGGCCCUUAAUAAAAUGAGCUUCUUAAAGCAAAUUCAAAAUUUAAUGUUACAAAAUAGGCUUUAAUUUUGUAAACUUUAGAUUUAAUGUACAUAUCAUUUAAUAUGAUAAAUGCCAGAACAUAGUAAAAAUAAUUGCUUAAAUAUUUUAGUCAAUAUGUCAGCUAUUGGACACUGCACCUGGGGUUAUUACUUCCCUUGUCACCCAGUUAUUGUUCUUUACUGACAAGUACAAAGAACUUCAAAGAUGGCUUAGCACAUGACAAAAACUGCAGCUCUACAAAGCAUUUGAGACCUGGCGAGUGGAAUAAUUAAUAAAAGGUUCCUCUUAGCUGAACACUAUCUGUUUCUGUGGAAAAGUUUUAUUACAAUAGCUUUAUCAGGUUAAAAAUGAAGUAUUUAAAUGCUCCAAUUUGUCGGCCGCAGUGGCUUUUCAUUGCAUUUUUUUGUUUGAUGUGAAGGUUAAUUAUUUUAAUGGGAAAUAAUAAUUAAUAAAUGACUUGAAUUUCAGCUUUACUUUCUGUUACUGUGGAAAAUUGUAUUUCAAUAGAUUCAUUCAUUGAAUUGUUAUGCUAUUUUAUUUUUAUUUAAAAAGUAUAGGUUUUGACAAAUAAAUGCCAAUAUUCACCACACCAUAUCCUUAUCUGAUCAUAUUAAUUGAAGAAAAAAUAAAAAAUUAAUUCC